CAAGGAAGAAAGAGAGAGAAAGAAAUGUAAGAUCGAGGAGAGAGAAAGAGAGAUAAGCUGUCGUUUAGAGAGAAGAGAGAGAGUGAGUAUAUGAAAGCAGUGAAGUAGAAAUGGUAACGGACCAGGAAAUAUCGCAGGCUCUGCAAACCCUAAUUCACGAAUCGUCGUCCUCCAACAACAGUGGAAUCAACUCCUUAAACGACCUUGUUCAGGAGCUGGAGACGAAGCUCGGUCAAGACCUUUCCCACAAGUCUGAUUUCAUUCGAAACCAGAUCCAUCUCAUCUUCCGAUCACACCCCACUGUGCCACAGCAACACCAACACCAACACCAACACCAACACUCCCACCCCCACCCCCACCCCCACCCCCACCCCCAGUCCCAGCCUCACCCUCACCCUCACCCUCACCCUGCGCCUCCUCAGCUCAAUGACCGUUUUGCUCCUCACCAAAACCCUAAUUUUCACCCCACUCCAUCUGCCUUCCAGACUUUUUCUCUCCAUCCUCAGCCACCGCCGGCUAACCGUGUGGUCGCCACCGCUGAUGAGUCCGUUUCUGCCGCCGACCGCCCAAAGGAGGGCACUCAAACCAAACCCAAGAGAAAAGGUGGCCCAGGGGGACUCAACAAGCUUUGUGGUGUUUCCCCUGAACUUCAGACUAUUGUUGGCCAACCUGCUCUUCCAAGGACUGAGAUAGUUAAGCAACUGUGGGCUUACAUAAGGAGGAAUAAUCUCCAAGAUCCUAGUAACAAAAGGAAAAUUAUAUGCAAUGAUGAGCUGCGAUUGGUAUUUGAGACGGACUGUACUGAUAUGUUCAAAAUGAACAAAUUACUAGCUAAACAUAUUAUACCUCUGGAACCUUCAAAGGCUCCUAAGAAGGCUAAGGUAGAGGUGGAGUCUGGAACAAAAGGCACAGAAGCUAGUCCUUCUGUGAUAGUAUCUGAAGAACUUGCAAAAUUUUUUGGUGUUAGUGAAAGGGAAAUGCUCCAAUCAGAGGUUUUAAGACGUAUCUGGGAAUACAUAAAGGUCAACAAUCUUGAGGAUCCUUUAAACCACAUGGCUAUAAUAUGUGAUGCAAAGCUUCAAGAGCUCUUUGGUUGUGAUAGCAUCUCAACAUUGGGGAUGCCAGAGGCUUUGGCACGCAGCCAUAUAUGCCGGAAACCCUGAUUGGCUGUUUUCUGUUGCAGAUCAGUUGGUAUUUGCUCGUCGAUAGGGAAGUUGUAGUUAUCUAUAUAAUGUAUGAGGUCAUGGCCAAUAUUUGUUAGUAAUGCCAUGGAUCUAGGGUUAUGGAUUGACUGACUGACUAGUUAGGUAGAAUGACCCGUGGAAAUUUUUAACACCUGUAAAAAAGGGCAGAAGUAGAAUGAAAAAAAAACACAACGUAUCAUGUAAGAAGUUGUUAUUAGCUCACUUUCAGUGAUGAAUGAUGUUUUCUUUAUUUUGUUUUAAUGGUCUGCAGCUUACAAGUUCUGUACGUAUUAUACCAUUCAUGGUUUUAUUUAUGUAUAGGUCUUGUUCUUGCCCCAUGUAAGGAAUAUAAUUCCCCUUGUCAGAUUUAAUCAUUAUGCUAUAUAUAUAUUUAUUACUUGUGUAAAUAGUAAAUUAACAAGGCAAUGAACAUCCGUGAGGUUUGAUUUAUGAUCUAGUGCGACAGAAGUAUCUUUAGAAUAA